AUGGAGUGGACAAUGGAACAUAACAUAAUUUAUUGUCGAGAUAUUCUGUUGGUAAAUCCAUUCCAAAGCAAGAAGGGAUCAGUCGAACGAGGUAGCCUAUGGACACAGAUUGCUGACAACAUGAAUUCUUUGGUGAGCCCUAAGUUUAUUGUGACAAAAAGAUCAGUUCAAGAGCACUUGGCAGUCUUGCAGAAAAAGUACCAAAAGAAAAUGAGACAGGAAGAGGAGGCAAGUGGUAUCUCUUUAGAGAAAACAGAGCUUGAUAUCCUACUUGAGGAGAUUUAUGUAGCCGAGCAGAUUGGUGAAGCAGAACAAGAAGAAGCAAGCCGAAUGAAUCAAGAAAAAACUGACCAGGAACAAGCAAGAGCAGAUGAUGUGAGAUGGACUGCAAUGGAAACAUUCGCAGAAACUCAAAAACGAAAUGGCGAAGAAAAGGAGAAAAAAACGAAAAGGAAACGAAGAAGUGGAGAGAUGGUGGAUUAUUUGAAGGAAAAAUUCGAGAGUGAGCAAAAGGUGUGA